AUGGCGACGGCCAACUUCUCCGGUCGUACCUACGGCGCCAGCGGCCUGGGCCGCAAUGCCGGCGCUGCGAAUCCCGCCGCCGCGCCCUCCAACGCCUUCAACGCCUCGUCGGCCGCCGCGGGCUUCGGCGCCCCCGCCGGCCCUUCGCACCAGCACCGCGAGGCGCAGCGGUUGGAGCGCGAGCGGGCUGAGCGCGCAGAGAGGGAGCGUUUGGAGCAGCAAGGGCGCGGGGAUAUAGCUGAUCUGAGCGACGAGCAGAGGGAGGAGAUCAACGAGGCAUUCCAACUCUUCGACCUCGACAAGGACGGCCACAUCGACUACCACGAGCUCAAAGUCGCCAUGAAAGCCCUCGGCUUCGACCUCCCCAAACAAGAAAUCCUCAACAUCCUGCGCGCAACCGGCGUCCCCGCAACCACACUCACCCAGCCCGCCCAAGCAGGCGCCAAAGCCAAACCCCCCACCACCAGCACAACCGCCCCACCAGCCUUCACGGGCCCCUCGCGCCUGCUGCUCCCGCUCGCCGCCUUCCAGGCCCUCAUGGCCCACCGCAUGCUCACCCGCGACCCGCGCGACGAGAUCCUCCGCGCCUUUGAGCUCUUCGACGACGGCGCAAAAGGCAGCAUCACGCUGGCGGACCUGCGGCGCGUGGCGCGCGAGCUGGGCGAGGGGCUGCAGGAGGAGGAGCUGGUGGCUAUGAUUGAGGAGUUUGAUCUUGAUGGGGAUGGCGCGAUUGGGAAGGACGAAUUUGUGGGCAUUUGUUUGGGUUGA